AUUGAAUGGUAAGAAAAUUGAAAUGCAAAUUGUUUUCAUUUCUUGAAUUAAUUUUGUGCAAAUCAAACAAGAACAUUUUAACCUUGAAUUGAAAUUCUAAAGUUCUACGAAUAUCAGCCACCAAUAACUUUUGUCAUCUCAUUGUAUUUAUUGGCGUGUGUACAUAAAAAGGUAGUCACCACAUUAUAGCACCACAUAAGAGUUUCAUAAAUAUGUUAAGGAAAUUGGCUGCAUUAGUAGUGUUUGUUGGGUCUGGAAUUUAUUUAGCGCGACGAUAUUACUUUUGGAAGCAUUGCAAAUGCUCUAAGAACAUCGACAACGAACUCAUUAUAAUAACUGGGCCAACAUCCGGUAUCGGUUUGACAUUAGCUUGGGAUUUAGCUAGACGAGGUGCCAGUUUAGUGCUUGCUUGUCGCGAUAUUGAAAAGGGUGUUCAGGUAUCCAAGAAGAUCACAUCAUCAACGAAUAAUAGCCGAAUUCGCGUAGAACGUUUAGAUCUAACAUCGUUAUCAAGUGUGUCCAGUUUUGCCAAGAGAAUAAUCGCACUGAACGAACCAGUUUUUGCACUAGUUAAUAACGCCGGAAUCUUCUACGCAAAGCCUUCGAACACCGUCGAUGGUAUAGAAGUUACAUUCCAAACGAAUUAUCUAAGCCCAUUCUUGCUGUCUUUGCUCCUACUUCCGACGCUACGUAAACACACCUCCAGCCGGAUUAUCAACCUAUCGUCUCGUGCACAUUUGAUACCAACCGAAAUUCCGAAUCCCGAAUUUCAUCAAACAUUCGAAGACACUCCACUGAAGCGCUUCGAGUCGUAUCAGUACAGCAAGUUUUGUUUGACCCUUGCGGCACACCACCUCAGCGAAAUAUUGGGCCAAACGACCGUUCGAGUACAUUGUGUGGAUCCUGGCAACACUGAAACAAGCAUUUUCCGAUCAUUUCCGCAAUUGGCCAAUCCCGUAUCGUUUGCGCUACAGAAACCGAUACGAUUGUUUGUCGUUAAAACGCCGCACGAAGGGAUCCAGUCGAUAUUGCAUGCACUGUUGGCCAAAGAACCGCCGUUUUACAUCGAAAAUUUGUCGGAAGGAACAAUUAACUGUCGCGUAUUGUAUCCCACACUGUCGAACACGAUAUGGCAAAUGAGUCGGAACAUGUGCAAAAGCUAUCUGACUUCCAGCAUUUAGUUGCUACGGAAUGGAGUGAUGAGAGCCGGGGAUUGCGGAAAGUGUUGAUGGAAUUUAACUACACCAAAAUGGAUAGAGUGGCGGAUUUGUCGGAAUGUCUGGUUGAAAUAAGUGAUGUUGCUAAUCUGUCCGGUCGGGAGAGUGAAUAUUUGAGUGAUACAAAAGAGAAAUUAAUUCGUAUGGGAGAUGCUGUGACUCCAAUUGAUUAUUUUGUUGAAAUUUUCAUCCGACAAAUGUAUGUGGGUGAAGUGAGUCGGUGCUAUGUCACCACCAAAACCGACCACCAAAUUGAAUUUACGAUAAAAUUGAUGGCAAUUGAUUGUCCCAGAUACUUUUACGAACUUUCGCCGAAAGAAUUAUUUGAAAUCUCCAGUAAAUACAAGGAGCAGGGCGUCAAAAUGUAUAAGAAAUAUCCGGAAUUUGCUCAGAAUUACUUCAAUUUGGCGGCAAAAUUGCUGAUAUCUUUGAAACCAUUCAAUACGUUAGAUGAUAGAGAAGCCAAUGAAUCGUUUAAGCACCAAAUCGAUCAACAAUCGUUACAAGCACUGCACGACGGAAUUUAUUUGAAUAUCGCAGCCGGUCUGAUCAAACAAAAUCGAUACGAAGAUGCUCUGUACGUUUUGAUUGAUUUGACGGACCGAACGAACAACGAGAAGGGAAUUUAUCGACGUGCAUUGGCUCAUCUGAAUUUGAAACAGUACGACGAAGCUAGACAACAGAUUGAACGGUUAAAUUUUAAGGAGAAUCAUGAAUUUCAUGCUUUGCAUAAUCGGAUCGCCAGUGAAAUGAAGGAGUAUAAUGAAAGGUACGCGAAUAUGGUUAAGAAAAUGUUCGGUUAAUUAGUGUGGAAAUGUGUGUCAUUGAAAGCUUUUUUUUGUAUUAAUAAAUGAAACUCUUACAGCAUACAA